AUGGCCACUGUACCACCAGCAAUCCUCCGCGCCCUCUCCCUCUCAGACCCGUCAAAGGUGCAGCUUUCCGGCCUAGGCUCCGGCUUCACCAGCACAGGCGUCCUACACGCCCAAGUCCCAACGCAAAAUGGCACUGAAGAACGCCAAUACUUUGUGAAAACGUCCUCCUCAGGCAAAUCUGCCUCAGAAAUGUUCCAAGGCGAAUACGCUUCUCUAAAUGCAAUCUCCUCCUCAGUCCCAGGCUUUUGCCCCCGCGCACUAGCCUGGGGUUCUCUCGACGAAGAAAGCAACAAACCGAAAAGCUUCUUCUUAGCAACUGAAUACCUCGAUCUAAGCGGCGCAAUGGGUCGAAGCAACGGUGACGAAAACACACCCACGAGUCUAGCGUACCGCCUAGGUAAAUUACAUACUACGCCUGCGCCACCGGAUCCAGAGACUGGACGUCGACGAUUCGGAUUCCCUGUUGCUACGUUCUGUGGGGAUACGAAGCAGCCUAAUCAGUUUUAUGAUAGUUGGGCUGAGUUCUAUGCCAAUGAGCGCUUACUUACUAUUUUGAAGACGAGCGAGGAGCGGAAUGGGCGGGAUGAGGGGUUGAGGGAGCUUGUGGAGAAGACGGCGGGGAAGGUAGUGCCGAGAUUACUUGGGGAUGGGCAUUUGGGGUAUAGUUCUUCGGGGGAAGGGGAGGGGAUUGUUCCUGUUGUUGUGCAUGGGGAUUUGUGGAGUGGGAAUGCGGAUCGGGGGAAGAUUGUGGGUAAUGGGGGUGAUGAGGGGGCUGGCGCUGUGGUUUAUGAUGCUUGUGCGGUUUAUGGGCAUAGUGAGUUUGAGUUGGGGAUUAUGCAUAUGUUUGGGGGCUUUGGGUCGAAAUUCUUUGAUCAGUAUCAUCGGGUUGUACCGAAGACGGAACCGGUGGAGGAGUAUGAUGAUCGCGUGAGGUUGUAUGAGCUGUAUCAUCACUUGAAUCAUCAUGCCAUUUUUGGUGGUGGUUAUCGCUCUGGCGCGAUGUCUAUUAUGCAGAAGUUGGUUAAGGAGUACGGAGAUGCAAAGUAG